CUUCGCAUUGCAACCACUCUCUGCCACCUAAACCUGACCUCGAGUCCACCGUCGCAACACACCUGCAAACAUAACUUCCAAAAAGGGACGCCAAUGAGCCGCCCAUCGGCAAAGCUAUGCGCAGAGUGCUUCCCGAGCGCGCUGCGGGCGCCUCGGGGCCUCCGCCCUACGAAGUUGCGGGGCGCCGCCCGUAGAUCCUAUGCCACAGAGAAGAGGGCGCUCGAUACACUACGGCGGCCGAGUCGGUCUCCGUUGGUAUGCAUGUCUUUGGAGAGGAUCCGGCCCCAGCUGGCUGUUCAAUCACCAAAGGGGCGGGGUCUGGCUACAGUCUCGGACGGCGAGAAGAACACCACCGCUCCCCCGCAGGAUGGGCCCAUGAGGGAAUAUGAUGUGCGUGUGCAGGAGGGGAGACUGAGGGAUGAUGAGUAUCAGAGAGGGAUUAUUCAGAAUCUACAGGACCUCUUUGAAGCGCUGAAAGAUUACAACCCGCCGAAAGUUGUUCACCCCAAGCCCGAGUCUCUCGACCCUCAGCAAAAGUCGUCCUUCUUUGGGUCUCUGUUCGGCGGGGGCGCGAGGAAGAAGGAAAAGUCUGCUAUCCCCGAUAACCUUCCGAAGGGACUGUACAUGUAUGGCGAUGUCGGGUGCGGCAAGACGAUGUUGAUGGAUCUGUUCUUUGAUACGCUGCCGCCGAACAUCAAGAACAAGACGCGCAUUCACUUCCACAACUUCAUGCAGGACACACAUAAGCGCAUGCACGUAGUGAAGAUGAAGUAUGGAAAUGACUUCGAUGCGCUGCCGAUGGUUGCGGCCGAUAUUGCCGAGCUCGCGGGCGUGCUUUGCUUUGACGAGUUCCAGUGUACGGAUGUAGCUGAUGCAAUGAUCCUGCGACGGCUUCUCGAAAUCCUCAUGUCCCACGGCGUUGUCCUCGUCACCACAUCCAACCGUCAUCCAGACGACCUGUAUAAAAACGGCAUCCAGCGUGAAUCCUUCAUCCCAUGCAUCAACCUCCUCAAGACAGAUCUGAGCGUCAUCAACCUCAACUCCCCAACGGAUUACCGCAAAAUCCCCCGGCCCCCGGCUGCUGUCUACCACCACCCGCUGGGCGAGGAUGCAGAGCAGCACGCGCAGAAGUGGUUCGAGUUCCUGGGCGACCCAAUCAAUGACCCCCCGCACACAGACUCGCAGGUUGUCUGGGGCCGCGAAAUCAAGGUUCCCCGUGCUAGCGGCAAGGCUGCGCACUUCACCUUCCAGCAGCUCAUCGGCACGGCCACAGGUGCAGCCGACUACCUCGAGCUGGUUCGGCAUUACGAUGCGUUCAUUGUCACGGAUGUGCCGAGCAUGAACCAUACCCAGCGUGAUCUGGCGAGGCGCUUUAUUACCUUUAUCGAUGCGGUAUAUGAGAGCAGGGCCAAACUAGUCCUCACAACCGAAGUCCCGCUAACAAACCUCUUCAUUUCCGAAACCGACGUAAAGAAAACCCUCAAAGGCGACGGCGGCGACCACUCAGAUCUCUCCGACGCAAUGCGCAACCUAAUGGACGACCUCGGUAUGUCCGUGCAGGCGCUGAAGAACACGUCUAUUUUCAGUGGUGACGAGGAGCGGUUUGCAUUUGCGCGUGCGCUUUCCCGUCUUUCUGAAAUGGGGAGCAAGGAAUGGGUGGAGCGCGGGUUGGGGCUUGGAAACACUCCUGCGCAGAAUAAGGAGGAACAUGAUGCUUGGCAGAAGACGAGGAGUCAUUGGAGCGAGGAUAAUAUGUAG